AAGGGAGCAUUUGAUAAGAGAGCAUUUAUUUCGCAGCAUCAGUCUACGAACUUAACAUAACCAUAAAAUAUAUGUCGCGAUAAUGCCCAGAGAAAUUAUCACGAUUCAGGCGGGCCAGUGCGGCAACAGCAUCGGUAGCCAGUUUUGGCAGCAGCUAUGCCAGGAACACGGUAUCAAUCAAGACGGCAACCUUGAAGACUUUGCCACAGAGGGUGGUGAUCGCAAGGACGUCUUCUACUACCAGAGUGACGAUACGAGAUAUAUUCCUCGAGCAAUUCUAAUAGAUCUCGAACCCCGCGUCAUCAAUGGUAUACAAACCGGCCCUUACAGAAACAUCUACAACCCAGAGAACUUCUACGUUGGUAAAAGUGGCAUUGGCGCAGGGAACAACUGGGGUGAUGGAUAUCAGACCGGUGAGGCCGUCCACGAGGAGAUCAUGGAGAUGAUAGAGCGCGAAGCAGAUGGCAGUGAUUCCCUUGAGGGUUUCAUGCUGCUUCAUUCCAUUGCUGGUGGUACAGGUUCCGGUCUAGGUUCUUUUCUCCUGGAACGGAUGAACGACAGGUUCCCCAAAAAGAUCAUCCAGACGUACUCAGUGUUCCCCGAUACCACAAAUUCGGGAGACGUUGUCGUUCACCCAUAUAAUAGUCUUCUCUCCAUGAGGCGAUUGACACAAAAUGCCGACUCGGUCGUAGUUUUAGAUAAUGGAGCUUUAUCUCAUAUUGCGGCAGACAGGCUACACGUUCAGGAGCCGUCAUUCCAACAAACCAAUCAACUGGUCUCAACAGUCAUGUCAGCCAGUACAACAACGUUGAGAUACCCCGGUUACAUGCACAAUGAUCUCGUUAGCAUUCUGGCAUCGUUAAUUCCUACGCCUCGCUGCCAUUUCUUGAUGACGGCAUAUACUCCCUUCACCGGAGAUCAAGUUGAACAAGCCAAGACCGUCCGGAAAACCACCGUACUUGAUGUUAUGAGACGACUAUUACAACCUAAGAAUCGUAUGGUCUCAACUAUACCAGGGAAGAAGAGUUGCUACAUUUCUAUUCUCAAUGUCAUCCAAGGCGAGGUUGACCCAACAGAUGUCCACAAGAGUCUACUACGUAUUCGCGAACGACGAUUAGCAACAUUUAUACCGUGGGGCCCGGCAAGUAUACAGGUCGCUCUAACAAAACGCAGUCCAUAUAUCCCGAUGAGCCAUCGAGUUAGUGGUCUGAUGCUGGCUAACCACACCAGCAUCGCAACCCUAUUUAAACGGAUUGUUCGCCAAUACGAUGGUAUGCGGAAGCGCAACGCAUUCAUAGAUAGUUACAAGAAGACAGCACCCUUCUCGGAGAACUUCCACGAAUUCGACGAGGCCAGGGAAGUAGUGACGGAUCUGAUUGCUGAGUACGAGGCAGCUGAAGAUGCGAAUUAUCUGAACCCCGACGAAGGGGAGAAGGCGACAUCUGCAGAGACGGACAAAAGAGUUGCGUGACGAAGAUGUUGCUUUGUAGGAAGAAGCAGAAAUUAUGAGAUCAUGUCGCAUUGAAAAGCAUGGCCAGUGGUUUUGUGUCGCAAGAUUGGUAAGGGAUAUCAACGUGGUGUUUAGGCGUUCCUGGUAUGACGUUGGAAUGUUGAUAUGAUGGUAGACCAUUACCCGACACUGCAGUGUCCCCCUCUUGAUAAUUUAGAAAUAUUGAGAAUCC